UGCGCAUCUCCGCGAUCCACGGCGGUUGCAGCUGAGAUUGCUGCAUUUGUGCGGCUGCAAGUAGCCACCAGAACAAUGCGCACCACCCUUGCCCUCGUCGCAGGGGCCACGGCCUUCCAGCGCCCGCAGCUGAGGACUAGGGCCCCGGCCCUGCAAGCGAGGGCUGGCGCCUACCUCGAGAAGGACGCCGGCGGCUUGUAUUAUGUGGACCUGCAGCACGAGUCCGGCGCGUCCGCGAAAGUCUUCGUCUUCGGCGCCGACGUGACGUCCUACAAGGACGCCGGCGGCACGGAGUUCAUCGCCGUGCGCCCCGACGCCAAGAUGGACGGGAGCAAGCCGAUCUCGGGCGGCCUGAGCCACUGCUUCCCGCAGUUCGGCCCCGGCGCCAUCCAGCAGCACGGCUUCGCGCGCAACGUCGACUGGGACGUCGUGGCCACGUCCGGGUCGAGCGCGACGUUCCGGCUCACUCCCUCCGAUUACACGAAGGACAUGUGGGAUAAUGAUUUUUGCGUCGACUUUACCGUGUCCCUGACGGCGGCGUCGCUCGACACGAAGAUGGAGGUGAGAAACACCGGCACUAGCUCGUGGGACUUCCAGGCCGCCUUGCACUCGUACUUCGACGUGUCCUCACUAGAAAACAUCGAAGUGGCCGGCUCCUUCGCGGGCGCCACGUACCUCGACAAAUUGCUGGACCCGCCGUCGGACCAGACGGAGGCGCGCAAGGCGCUGACCAUCUCCGAGGAGUACGACCGCGUCUACAAGGGCGUCAACGACUGCACCUUGAAGGACUCGGGCAAGGGCAAGGCCCUCGCGAUCAACAACAACGCGGGCUGGAAGGACACGGUCGUGUGGAGCCCCUACGGCGACGAGGGCAUGGGCUUCGACUCGUUCCUCUGCGUCGAGAGCGCCGCGUUCGACGCGCAGACGCUGGAGGGCGGCGCGUCGUGGGUCGGCGAGCUGUCGCUCGUACCCGGGGGCCUCUAAAUUUAAUCGUUCGCU